UCAGCCACAGCGCAGACACGCAGGAUUAGAGCUGUUCUUUAUCAAGGGGUGCAAAGCCUUUCUCUUUCAUCCUCCUCUUUUUUCACCCCUCGCUCUAUCAGCCCAUGCGUUGGACUCACUAAAACAGCCAGAGAGUCGGAGAGAGGAACAGGACGGACAAGAAGAGUGACGGAGCUGUGCCUUUAGAGAAAGAAGGGAAGAAAGAGAGAGAUAAGUGGAGAACAGGUAGCUACGCCUCGUAACAAAGGCGAAUGGACAUUUGAGAGCUGAGAUGUGGGGAAAAGUGAUAUGGAUUCCCUUCUCAUUGGUUGCUGCUGACCGUAGGACAGUAACUGGGUUACGUUUGACUGGGCAGUUUGAAGUGAGAGUGGCUCAGAAUGAAGUGAUGCAGUGAAACAGGAAGAGUGGAGUAAGAGGCGAGACCUGUAGCACAGCCAGAAAAGAAGGACAGAAGGAAAAGCAGGAGAAGGGAGACCCCUGAAAUCAGGGACAGUUGCAAUUGAGGAUUUCUCUGGACUUCGCAUCCAAACUGACCAACAUAACUGACUGAUUUCUUCACUGCCAUGGCAAACAUGUUUCUGAGCAGAAGGAACUUCAUGAUUAUCACGCUGUUGAUGUUAUUAACCCUGAUCGAGGGCCUGCUGGGAGAUAAAGGGGAGAAGGAUCUGAGAGUGAAAUCUCUGAGCAGAGUGAAGAGAGGAUGGGUUUGGAACCAGUUCUUUGUUCUUGAGGAGUACACAGAACAGAAACCUCUUUACAUUGGAAAGCUUCACUCAGACAUGGAUAAAGGUGAUGGUUCCAUCAAGUAUAUAUUGUCGGGUGAAGGUGCUGGUACUACGUUCACUCUGGAUGACAGCACAGGUGAUAUCCACGCCAUCCGGCGGCUGGACCGCGAGGUGAAGGCCCAGUAUGUGCUCCGGGCGCAGGCCAGAAACCGGGAGACGGGGCGCCCCCUAGAGCCUGAGUCAGAGUUUAUCGUGAAGAUUCAGGACAUCAAUGAUAAUGAGCCAAAAUUCCUGGAUGGACCAUACAGGGCAACCAUUCCGGAGAUGUCUCCAGUUGGCACUUACGUGAUCCGGGUGACAGCGGUAGAUGCCGAUGACCCGUCGUACGGUAACAGUGCACGGGUGGUCUAUAGCAUUCUGGAGGGACAGCCAUACUUCUCUGUGGACCCAAAAACAGGUGAUGUUCGGGUCUCUCUGGCUGAAAUGGACCGCGAGGUCAGAGAGCAGUAUCAGCUGGUUAUUCAGGCUAAAGAUAUGGAGGGUCAGCUGGGCGGUCUGGCGGGAACAACAACAGUCAAUAUCACGCUCAGCGACGUCAACGACAACCCGCCCAAAUUCACCCAAAAGCUGUACCAGAUGAGUGUUUUAGAGUCAGGUCCCGUGGGAUCAGUGGUGGGGCGAAUCCAGGCUAAAGACCGUGAUAUAGGCAUUAACGCCGAAAUGAAAUACAGCAUUAUCGACGGAGAUGGACGGGACUCCUUCGACAUUAGCGUCGAUGCCAGCAACCUAUACGGUGUCAUUACUAUUAAAAAGCCUCUGAACUUUGAAAGGAAGCGCAGCUACACUCUAAAGGUAGAGGGCUCUAACGCUCACGUUGACCCUCGCUUCGCAAAUAAAGGUCCAUUCAGUGACGUGACGAUCGUCCAUGUGAGCGUAGAAGAUGUGGAUGAAGCUCCAGAGUUUGACUCUCCGUUCUACUACGUAGAAGUUCCUGAAGAUGCUGAAAUCGGAACCGUGUUUAAAAUGGUCUCUGCCAGGGACCCUGACGCUGCAAACAACUCUAUAAGGUAUUCUAUAGAGCGUAUGAGUGAUCCUGAGAAGUUUUUCUACAUGGACAUUACCAGUGGGUCUCUGAUGACCUUACUGCCCUUGGACAGAGAGGAGGUCAGCUGGCACAACCUUACUGUGUUGGCCAUGGAGAUGAAUAACCCGUCAAAGAUCGGAAGCGUGUCUGUGGCCAUAAAGGUUCUAGACGUAAAUGAUAACCCACCAUCACUGACGCAGUACUAUGAGGCCUUUGUGUGUGAACAUGCGAAAGCAGGACAGCUGAUCCAGACAGUAACAGCAGUAGAUCCGGAUGAGCCCACCGGGGGGCAGCACUUCUACUACAGUUUAGCUCCUGAAGCAGCAAAUAACCCCAACUUUACACUGAGAGAUAAUCAAGAUAACUCAGCAUGGAUUUUAACCCGCCGUGGUGGCUGGUCAUCCCGGACCCAGAGUGUGUAUUAUUUGCCUAUUUUUGUGUCUGAUGGAGAUCAGCCCGCUCAGUCCAGCACCAGCACCCUCACUAUACGCGUGUGCAGCUGUGAUGCGGAUGGUAAUGUUUUAUCCUGCAACGCUGAAGCUUACACACUACCGGCCAGCCUGAGCAGAGCUGCGCUCAUAGCCAUCCUCGCCUGUGCCUUCAUUCUGUUUGUGAUGAUCAUACUGAUGCUGUCGCUUCGCAGACAGAGCAAAAAGCCCUACCUGACCAAAGAGGAGGAAAACGUGCAUGAGAACAUUGUGCGCUACGAUGAUGAGGGCGGAGGGGAAGAGGACACCGAAGCGUUUGAUAUUUACGCUCUUUGGAGCCCCCGUGUGGAACCACUGGCGAACUACAGUAAACUACGUCAGGACAUGCUGCCGGAGGUCCAGAGCCUUUCGCGCUACGUCCCUCAACCCUGCGUUAGCAGAAUAGGAGAAGAUGGCACUAACGUUCACGGCUACGUGCUGGCCAAAAUUUACGAAGCCGAUUCAGACCCGUGUGCCCCACCGUACGACUCCCUUCAGACGUAUGCAUACGAAGGUGAGGGGUCUAUAGCAGAAUCUCUGAGCUCUUUACAGUCUCCUGCAUCACAAACUGACCACGAAUACGAUUACCUAAACGACUGGGGGCCACGAUUUCACAAACUAGCGGAAAUGUAUGGGGUUAGCGACGAGAACAUCCCAAUGUGGUAGAGAUUGGACUGGGUUAGGCCUCAUAAACAGCAGGAAGCUUAAUGUCUGUUGGACAUGCAGCAAAUGAAAGAAAUGAGAACGUCAUGUUGAUCUGUAAUGGACAGAAGGAUAGCAGAAAUUGAAAACGUUAGUUAAGGAAUUAGAUGAUAGCACUGAGGAAAGAGUGGUCCUCUGGAGAGGAACCAGGCCUAUACACUGUCACAAGGGAAAGAAAACAGAACCACAAGGACCAACAGACAGGAAAAAGAAAGGAUUCACAGACUAAGGACAUUCAUAAAAGGAAGUGCUGCAUAAAAGCCACAUUCUCCAAUAUCCACUGCCACUCAGAAUGUGUCCAGACCAAGCCUAAGAAGUAAUCCAGCCAUUCCACCACUUCAACUGGAAGGUAGGGCUGAACGGGAUUUUGGGGAAAAUAUCUAAUUGCCUACAGUAGCUUGGUGCCACUCAUUAAUAUAUAAGGAGAAUUUCAGCCCAGAAUGUUUUUUCAGCUAGGCACAAUACAGAGCACCCAAUCAGAAUAGAGGUCACUUAUAUAUCGUAUAUCAUUUUUAUUGUCAUGUGAAAAUGAAUUACAUUUACCUAAUGACUUACAUGAUGACAUACAUAAACCCCCAAAGAGUGUCAUAAGUGGAUCUCAGGAAAAAAAUAUCAAAACAAGAAAACUAUAGAAUGUAGGGCCUUUAAUGAUCAGAUUCUUAGCCCUCUGAAGUUGUGUCAUCAUUUUGUAAGUAGCGUCAUGCCCAUAAGGAACUCUGGCAAAGGGGUUGAAAACAUUAGUGGUUUGAAAACUGCAGGUACAUUUCUGUCUUGUGUACCCCCCCCCCCAAUAUCACCGGAUCCUUGGAAUUCUGUAAGUCUGGGAGUCUGUAAAGGAGUUGACAAAUGAACACUGCUACAUACAUGCUUCGAGCAAGCUAACAUUGCUGUGGACUGAAAUGAUGUCACAUGGAAGUGUUAUAUACAGCAUAUGGUAUAAAAACCUCCAUGGGCAUUAAAACCAUGGCCAUUAAUGUAGACUCGGCCCUCCUAUGUGGCAUUAACAGCCGCUGUCCAUGAGAUUUUGGAGUGUGCCAGUGGGAAAUGAUCUCAUUCAGUCAAAAGAGCAUUUGUGAGGUCAGGCACUGAUGGUGGAUGAGAAGGUCAUCCACAUUCCAAUUCAUCCCAAAGGUGUUCAGUGGACUUGAGGCCAGGGCUCUGUGCAGGCCAUUGGAGGUCUUCCACGUCCAACUUGUCAUACCAUGUCUGGAGCUCACUUCGGGCACAUUAUCCCUCCUCCACCAAAUUUUACUGUUGGCACUAUGCAUUUGGGUAGGUAGUGUUCUCCUGAUAUUAAACCCAGAUUCGUCCAUCAGUCUGCCGGAUAAUGAAGUGUGAUUCAUCACUCCAGAGAACACAUUUCCACCGCUCCAGAGUCUAGUGACAGCUUUACACCACUUCAUCUUCAGCUUGACAUUGUGCAUAGUGAUCUUUGGCUUGUGUGCAGCUGCUCGACCAUGGAAACCCAUGUAGCUCCCGCUGCAGUUCUUGUGCUGAUAUUGCUUCAAGAAACAGUCUGGAACCCUUUAAUGUGUGAUGCAAGAGACAAACACUAUGCACAUUAGCACUCAGUGACCCCACUCUGUGAGUUUGUGAGGUCUACCACUUCGUGGCUGAGCUUUUGUUGCUCCUAAACACUUCCAUUUAAAAAUAAUAGCACUUACAGUUGACUGGGGCAGAUCUAUCAGGGCAGACAUUUCACUAACUGACUUGUGACAAUGGUGGUAGCCUAUGAUGGUGCCUACUGCCAGUGUUUGUCUAUGGAGAUUGCAUGGCUAUGUGCUUGAUUUUAUACACCAGUUGCAAUGUGCACAGUUCUUUGUUCCAUAAAGAAAACUAGCUUAGACCUGGAGUUGCUUAUAUGAAAAUGAUGCACACUACAAAAUGACGAAAUGACUUCAAAGGUCUAUUCAGUUCCACUGUGGCAUUAUAUCGACUCUCAACAACCAUGUGGAUUUUAACAUGGCUAUUACCAAGACACAAGGACUCAGUAACAGGUUUGCAUGCAGGAGAGCAAAAUUUACUAUAUCAUGCAUUUUCUUGAGCCAGAUAAAACGUUGACUCUUCAUUCUGAAGACUUUGUGUUUGUAUAAUCUGUUUGAUCUUUGUUGUGGUCUGUCUAUAUGUUAUGUUACGUCGGCACAGAGCCUGGCAUUGAACAGCAUUUGAAACUUUUUUCUUGUCGUCAUCUUCAUUUUUUUUUCAGGAAUUUAUUUAUGCUCUCUUUGUGCUGUUAUUUAUUAUUAUUUUAUAAGUUAUUUUUGAAGUAUGUUUAUCAAAAUGUGACGUUCGCCAUGUCAUAUGCUGUUCAUUUAAUACACUGUAGAGAUCCUUUUAGCAAGUCAGUGGUUGAUAUUCAAUUGUAUUGAUCUUUUAAGUUGUUAUAUUUGACACUCAUGUGGCUGCGGUCAUACAGUUUGAAGAAAGUAGCCUAAGACGAGUUUUGAUGGUGGAAUCUGCUGAAGCAAACAGCCAUUUAAAUCAGUUUAUUAUAUUUGAUUGCUUAUGGCUCGGAAAAAGCUAAAAAAAAACAAAACAUCCUGCGUUAAGUGCCAAAACAACAGUUCUGAAAAUAAAUAAAUACAGUGGGUUGUCUAUUAUUUGUGGAAAUCUACUUGAAAUACUGUAUACUGUAUCAGUCACACCAUGUGAGAAUUUGAAUGUACAUAUUUUUUGUAUACUUAUUAAUAAAA